CUGUGCUACAAAUAAAUUUAAUUGAUGACCUAGAGUGAAAAUAUAUUAAAGAUUGAUGACUUGUUUUGAGGUUCACUCUUAUUAUUAUUAUUUUAUUUUUCCAUUUGGACUAAAAUAAAUAUCUCCUCAGGCGUAUAAAAACGAGACGUCUUCUUUUUCUUACGCAUACAUAUUAUACAUACAUAUAUUGUGAACGUCAGAAGAAAAACCUCAGAUAGCCCUUUUCCGAGAAAAUGAAAAUCAUUCUUCACAAGCUCUUCGGUAAAAGAAAACUUGCCCCGGCUCCAAACCCGAAUCCGAUGGAGGAUCAUCAGGCGGCGGAGAAGCAGGCCGCGCUUGGGGAGUCUCCGGCGGCGCUGAAGAUCAUCCACGCCGGCGGCCGCGUUGAGCUCUACUACAUGGCUAUUCCGGCUGAAAGGAUCAUCGAGAAGUAUCCGUACUUCACGCUAGCUCGGCCAGACGUCUUCCGGCGGCCGUGGGACGCAAUUGUACCGCCGAACGAGAUCCUUGUUCCGGGCCAGAAAUACUUCGUCGUCUCUCUCCGAACUGUGAAGAAACUCCGACGGCGGAUCAAGAAACCAAUUGUCGGGUCAACCGGGUUGAUCGAUUCGGGUUCGGGCCUUCAGAUUACGGAUUCCUCGUGCGAUGAGAACUUUUCUUCUUCAUCCUUUGUUCAGAACAGAUUCGGCAUCUUGAUUAAGUCCAAGAGCCAAAUCAAGACCCGGAAUCGUCGGGUUCGGUUCUUCGGUAUCGACGGAAAGAAAGAUGUGGGCUGUUCUGAGAAAAACGGAGCCGGAGCUAAUGACCGGGUCGCGAACCGGAGCCUGAAUGAUAAAGCCGAUGGAGAAAAGAAGAGAUCAGUAAGAAGCUGUAUUGUUCAAUGGCAGCCAUCCCUUACUUCUAUCAACGAGGAUCAUUUUAAUUACUAAUGCUUUAAUUUUCUUUUUAUUAUUCUUAUAUUUUAGUAAGAAACUUUUUAUCACACAGGGAUUUUGUUUUCUUUCUCCCUCUAUUUAUUUAUUUAUUUUGGGGGAAAAAAAAAGAGGAACUUCAAUGUGGACUCAUUAUUAUUGAUGAACCAUUCAACGCGCAAGAAAUUACUAGAAUGUAGUAGAUCCUAAACGUUUCAAAGGAAUGCACUUUUUGAACUGAACUUUGACAUCGUUGGUAUUAGUGAAAAAUCACUUUCCCCGUAUUCUCCAACAAGGGCUUGAUCACAGAAUUUGGAUAGCCGCUGAAUGUGAUUUAGUGGAGUGACUAUACAAUUUGGAUUACCCAAUGUUGCUAAGAGUUAGUAUAAUUUUAUUUUAUUUGUUUAUGUCAAUUAUUACACACUCUAUCUGUUUUUGUACUCUUUGAAUUUUUAUAUACAGUUCAAGUUGUUUUAAAAAUUAAAAUCCAAACACGAUAAUUAUUUUGGGAUUACAAAAAGAAAUGAUUUAAUAUUAAUUGUUGUAUAUUUCCCCAAGUACAUAUCUUUCAUUUCCA